GUUAGUCGCCGUAAGGCAGCGCGUCGCCAUCGGUGUUACCCACACCCUCCGGUGCGUCCCACCCCUACCAACCGUCCCCACACGCACUCGCCUUUCUCACACGAUCACCGGCGAUCCUCGCUUGCGCAACCCAGUUCAAAACCGAAAGCCAGCAGCCCAAGCGAGCCGGGCAGGCGCGCGCGCCGCUUCUUACACGCACCGCGAACGCAACGCCGACACCCGCAGCUAACAUGAUUGCCAGAAUAGCUUUAUGUUUGUUUGUCUGCACCUUCUACGGAGCGUACGGCGAUGUAGAUAUCAUCACAGAACCGCGGGCCGGACAAGAAUAUGUGCUAGUUAGUUCAGGACAGCAAACCCCUCUUAGAAAUUUCGAGACAUCACAUAAAAUUCCUGAUAAACACCCACUUCACCGUAAUCUCAAGCCUGAGGAUGGUAAUGAAAGAAUUAUUAAAAAAGUACUCAGCGGAAAAAUUAAACAUCCAACUGAGGGCAUAGUUGCUAUUGAAGAAGAUAAAAAAUCAUUUUUAAAAAAAGGAAUAAAAAAUAAAGAAUCCAUAGAAAUUGACAUUCCAGUUUCAAAAAUAGAAGAUAUUAAAAUUAGAGAAAGUAUUCAAGAACAAAAGGAAACUAAUCCUAAACUCAAUGUAGCACUCGAAGCGAUGUCGGAAUCUGGAAAACUAAGCAAUGCACCCGGUACAACUACUCAAAAGCCGGUUUUGACUACUGCACCUCCUACAACCACGAAAGCAUAUGACUAUAUUCCUAUUAAUUUUGACUCUAUUGACGAUAUCAAUAGUGGAUUAUUAACUUCUAACGUACAGUUGGAAACAGCAGGAUCUGAACAGAACUCGCGAAUUCAAAUAAAAAAAGCACCCAAUGGCCAAGAUUAUGAAUAUGAAUACGUUUAUUACUAUUAUGAUGAGGAGGAAGGUGGUAAAAAAGAUAAGGAAAAAGAAGGAAAAGAUAAAACGACAACAACGACGACAGUAGCUCCAUCAGUCUAUAAUUCACAUGAUGGACCACAAAAGGUUGAAUCUGAUAACCAUAUAGCCAAAGAAAGCAGAAACAAGAGUAAAUACAGUACUAUUGAUAGAUCUGGACCCACUACUGCUGCUACAGAACAGAAUGAGGUAUUACCUGUCACAAGUAGAGGACGUCAACGAAGUCGCACUGUUUCACCAGCGCCUGUUGAAGAAGAUAUUGAAGAAGAUAGAUUACCAUCAAGUACGCGUUUUCCUCCUCGUGGUCGUUACUUAACUGCUAGUACUGCUACCACAACUGGACCAGAAACUUCUUCAGAGACAGUGAAGCCUCGUGGGCGCCCACAAAUUGACAAUAUAGCUGAUGAAUCUAUUGGUCAAACACGUAGUAGAACCCGGGCUCAUAUCAGGCGUCCAAGCUCAGAGCUCGUUGAUUUAGAUAGUUUUAAGACUGGAGAUAUACCGGCACAUAGGGAACAGCCAAGUAGAUAUUCUUCUGAAUCAAAAACUACUACAGAAAUUCCUGAAGCUUCACCAACUGCCAAAGAACCAUCUAAUGCCAAAGAUUCCGCAAGAGAGGGUCACAGUUUAACCGAAGGAAUCCAAUUCCAAGAAAUAACUGACGACUCCAAAUUACCUGAGGGUUACAAACAAACGACCACUUACGAACAGGACACUACUGAAUACACGACAAUGACCGCUAUGGAAAAGGUAGCUCUCGACCUGUACGCAUAUUUAGCAGGCGAGAAUUUAAAUAAUGAGAUAAACCCAACUAAUGAUUUAUUGAGUUUUGAUGGAACUACUACUACUGAUGAUGAAACAUGGACCACUGAAGCGCUCAGUACGACAGAAGAAGCAACGACGCCGACUACGACGACGACCACCACUACCACAACAACAACUACCACUACACCAGCGCCUACCACCACAACAACAACGACAGCGGCUCCCACGCGACCGUCGAGGUUUAAGGGACGAGUGGGGGCUAGGGCUAAGGUUUCUUCUACUGCUGCAGCCACUGAAGCACCGCAAGAAACAUCUACCAGAGCAAGAGGUCGGUUCAGCAAGCCAAGUGGUGUUCGUAGAACAACGGCAUCCACAGAAGCUCCUACACCGGUCUCCGCACCAGCAGAGAAAGCGGUUACACAACCAAAGGCAUUUGGACGUAGAGGAUUAUUCGGUGGUCGCACGCGACCAAGUUCUACUACCGUUGCGCCUGCGCAAGAUGACACGGCAAGUAGCUCUGGUGCGGCCAGCGAAGCUCCAGCGCCGAUCAGACCUCGCCUCCGACCUGGCUUGAGACGGCCGUCAACGACCACUACCACUGCUGCACCCGUGGCCGAAGAUGAUGGCUCCUCUAAUUCAUCUGGAGAAUCCCCUGAGACUACUCCAGCUCCAGCUAGAACUAACCGGGUCCGUCCUGGUUUGAGGCCGGCAUCUCUGAGGCCGGGUGCGAGGUUGAACAUUCGUGCCAACCCUCGUCUCAGGCCUGGAGUCACCGUCUCCACUGAAGCGCCCGCUGAAGGCGCAGCGGAAACCUCAGCCCCUGAUGCUCCCGCUACUGAUGCCGAAGCAGAGGGUUCAUCACCAACCCCGGCACCCGAACAUCCUCGCGGUGGUGUGAGACUACGUAACCGGCUGCAAGUGGCGCCAUCGCCCAAACCUCGUGUGACAGCUACACCACCCCCCCGGCGACCAAAUCCUUUGAUUAAGAGAAAAUUAGCUACCACAGAAGCAACAACAGAAGCGGCUAAGAAGACAUCGACGGAGACUACAGAAGACAGUACGAGUGAAGAGAAAAGUGAGACAGAAACUGAGCCCCAACCCGUUGAGACGACACCAGCGCCCCCUCUAAGAGGUUUAGACGCUCUGUUUGCCAAGAGACGGGCCGCAGGAGGCAUCGGCGCACGACCCGCCAGGCCUGCGAGAGGGGCUAACCCAAAAUAAAUUAAGCCCACAAUAUGUACUGGUUAAAAUUGAAUGACAUCUUAUUGAUUUAUCCUGAUAAUGCAGCUAAAAGCGACUUAUGGUAGAUGCAUUUUAUUUAAAUUUAAAAUUAAAAGAAGUGAUAUAAAAUGUUUUAUUUAUUUAAAUUAUUCAUAAUAACCAUCUAAUCAAAAUGUGCGUGCCUUUUAUUUAAUUAAUAUCACUUCCUACUUUUUUCUAAACAAAUUAAUUUAGGUAUUAUAGACUAUCUAUGCGAUCACUUGUAUAUGUUUUAUAUGGCGCAUUAUCAGUAUAUUCAACGUGGAUGGUCGUUACUCUUAGUCAAUUUAUUCCCCAAACUGUAGACAUAGUGUUGUGUAACUACUACUAUCUAUUCUCAGAGAUUUUUCCAGUAGUUAUAAUGUAUCUGUAAUAACUAAUUAGAUUGUAAUUUUUCUAGGUUUCUUUCCUUAAUUUUUUUUUGUUUAAACAUUCGAUAUAUUAUUUUUAUUCGUAACGUUAUAUUUUCGAUAAUAAUUAUAUACGAAUUAUGUACAUAUUAGUAAUAAAAUAUUGUUACAAAUUUCGGGAUUUGCCAUGAUUGGAUCCCGCUGUAAGCAAACAACAUCUACCUACAAUUUUUCAUUCGCCAAAGUUUUCAUAAAAAUAUAAUGAUACUUAUACGUUGCUAUAAGUAUCAUUUAAACGGGAUACAACGAGAAAGGCAAAGCAAUCGGAAAUCCAUCAAUAAUAGAUAUACGAAACUGAACUACUUAUUCUAUCCAGAUCGAUUGAGUUUCGAAAGGUUUAAAAAUUUCUUGCCAUUAUACGAAGUUAUUCAGUUUCUUGAUUACCUAUUAUCGCUGGACAUCUUAUUUUAUUCCCUUUCCCUUACAUCCUGUAUAAAACAGAACAUUCUAGGUUUACUAAAGAUAUUUUCACCUUUUAUAUUUAGUGAUUUCUGGUAAAAAAUCUAAUUGACGUGAUAAUUAAAUGUAAUCAAUAUUGCAAAGUAAGAGAAUCACAUAGAUUUAAACACCAGCACUUAGCAUCACGUUAAGCAUCAAAUCUCAUUAAAAUCAUACUCAUUUUGUCUAUUUAUUCUUGUAAGUGAUGAACUUGUAGUGUAAGAAAAAUCAUUUUAGUUCCGUCACCAAUAAAUAUGACUUUGUCUGCUGAAGCACUGACUGUUAGUGCCAUCGUGAUAUGUUUUGUAUCUUUCUUAAGUGUGAUAAUAAAGAUAAUAUUAAGAUAUAA